ACACUAAUUCCUUCUUCUUUCAUACAGUGAUUGGUUAGUACGAAUUGAAUUAUCGGUUUUUCUUGUUUUAUUAUGUUACACAAAAUUAAAAAAUUAAAAUAUUUUUUUGAUUUCAUUAAAACGAGCAUUCCUGUAAUUUUGUUAACACCCUCUUUGCUCUUCUUAAAUGCGAAUUCCAACAUACUGUAAUAAUAGCAACCAUGACCUUGACCGAAGCGACAUUAAGAAUCAACGACUACUCCCACGAAGACUACAUACCUAUAGUUGACGGACACGUAACAAUCUGGGACUCGUACACUUACUUGGGACACACGACGAGCUUGACAUCGUUCGAAACUUAGAUCGACGAGACAUGGAAAUUAAAAGACUAAAUACCCAGGUACAGGUACUGAAAACGGACGUACAGCACAUAGGCACCUUAAUAACUUCCCUGACCGUUCAUCACCGACAAGCACCUAACUUUAGGUAGUGCCCUUAAGGCAAUCGCAGGAACCCCAGAUUUUGAUGACUGGGAACAAAUAAAAUUCAAACAAAAUCAGUUUAUAGAAUCCAAAAACAAGCAGAUAGAGAUCAACACUAAAUUCCAAGCAAGACUCAAUGACGUUUCAAGGGCCCUCAAUGCAAUUUUGAAACCAGAUGCAGAGGUCGAACAUUUUUAUGCAACUAUUUUGGCAAAGAAUAGAAUGAUAAUUACAAACCUUGAGGACUUAAUCCUCACUGUUACACUUGCUAAAAUAAAUUUAAUCAGCCCCCUUAUACUAGACAGCAUCGACAUUAAAGAAUUAUUAAAUGAACAACUCACCAAUACUAGUAUAACCGACCUUUUAGAGGUCUCCCAUAUAAAAGCUUUUCAAAAUUCUGAAUUAUUGUACUUUCUGAUCAAAUACCCCAAAUCUCUGUUAAGCUGUAAAAAUAGAUAUCCUUCCUGUCCAGCAUAAUAACAUAAUAUUAGAUCUAGAAGAGGCUAAUACGGUGGCCGACUGCGUUACAAAGACCUUCACUGUACGUGACUGCGCUGCUACUGUGAGCACCACUUUCUUCAGAGGACUACAAAAUACUUCAUGCGCGCAAAAACUGGUAUCUGGAACUGUAGCACACUGUGCCACACGCCCCGCUCACCUGGCGCCCGUGAUAGUAAUCGGAGAGGGCAUCGCAGUAAUAAACAACGCGACCAUGAAUGUAGUGGACAGCACUAGACACAAACAGAUAAUCGCGGGAACUUUCCUCGCGACUUACGAUGAUUACGUCUCACUAAAUGGCACCCGUUACGUGAACCACCGGGGCAUCCUGAAGAAGAAACCUGCUGUAUCCACGUCAGCCGUGGUCAACAUCACCCUUUUCAGGGACCAUCUGAGCCUCCAAUUUCUACAUGACCUAACCAUGAAGAAUCUCCGAAAUAUCGGGGAUCUUAGAACAGGAUUAUCUUCACGAUCAUAUGGCGGCUUGCACUCAUCGCCCUAUUCCUACUCCUCCUGGGCACCUGGAAAUUGUACCAGUGCAGAAUGAGAAAGAAGAAACCCGAAGACGCGUUUCAAACUAGUAGGGGAGGAGUUAACACGACGGAGCUUGCCCUAAGUUUCAGUUUAAAUUUUGUUCUCCAAUUGUAACGUACAAUAAUUAAAAACAAAUAAAGACACUUUACUAAAAUAACCAGUAUUAUUCUAAUUUAUAUGCAACAACCACAAGGAUAUAGUGUCGACCUGCAGAAACGCCUUUAGAUACAGGAUACCAAGUGGCAUGUGAUGGGCAAUGUAUAAAGGUUGACGAGACGGUCAGAUCUGUCAGUUAUUGGAUAGCUGAUGUGGUUGGCAUUGACGACUAGACCCGAUAUUUUGCACUCGGUGCAAAAUUGGCACAGCGGAACAAGGAUCCGCAUAGCGAGCACAUGGCUGGUGGUCCGAUAUUAUGGAAAUCGGAAAAAGAGAACAGCGUAUCGUUCAUCAGUACCGAGGCAGAGUAUGGCAUUGUCAAUGGCGUGUAAAGAGGCAAUUGCUAUAAAACGGCUCAUAAUUGAACAUGAAGGUUUUGUAAAAUUGUUAAAAAUGAACUAACAAUUGUAGGAUGCUCGCAUUGAGGGAGGGUGCUAAAAAUCAACCCUAGUUCGAUAUGUCGUUAAAUUGCGACUCUGGUAUGAACUGCAAUGCAAGCAUCUUAUAAAUACAUAUAUUUAAGUCUGUAAGUCUGUACAGUAGUAUAAAUAGAAAUGUAAGAAGACAAAAAGACAUCAGUCGCAAAUGAACUUUCAUAGUGCUCAAAUGUACAUAAUCAACAACUAUUCAAGACAGAUAUCCAAUACCACACAUGGACAAAAUCCUUG